UUUAAUACAAAUAUAAAAAAUUAUUUACCAAAUAAUUAACUGAAUCAGCCAACAAUCGGAAACGGAAACCACCAUGGCGACCAAACCCCAAACCACCACCACCGCCGCCGCCUCCGUCACCGCCUUUCUACUCAUCACCGCCUCCAUCUUCCUGGCGGCACUCCCAAAAAUCGAAGCGCAAACACCAGCACCCGCCCCCACGCCGCCGGCCGCGGCGGCUCCUUCUCCAGAAUCACCGCCGGCAUCCGCCCCAACUCCGCCGGACGCGGCGGCGGCGCCUGCUCCGGGACCGGAUUGCAUGACAGCUCUGUUCGAUCUGGCCGAUUGCCUGUCGUUCGUGGAUGAAGGGAGUAAUUUGACGAAACCUGAUCCGCUAUGCUGCCCGGAGGUGGAGGAAUUGGUGAAGACGCAGCCGAUUUGCCUGUGCGAACUGCUGAGCAACUCUUCUCAAUUUGAAAUCUCCAUUGAUAAAAAUAAGGCGCUUAUGCUGCCGUCUCUUUGCAGUAUUGAAACCCCUUCGGUUAGCUUCUGUGCAGUUUUUGGUAUUCCAGUAGCAGUUCCAGUUCCAGCACCAAGUCCAAACCCUACGGCAGCAACCCCACCUAGUGUAAACGAGGACAAUGCAGGCACAAACAAUUUAUUACCAUCUAACCAACAUCUCCUCAUCGGAUUAACACUUGUUUUUUUCACUUAUUUCCUUUAAUCAUGUAACUUUAUUUUCUUGAUUUUUCAGUUUUAUCUGAUGCUACUUUGAAUAAAUAUUUGGAUUUAUAUUAGUGGAUUUCAUUGCAGAUACAAGUAAUUUUUC